GUGUUUUGUGGAUCUUCUUGAUUAUGUCUGUCUCAUACUUUUUUCCUUUGGUUCAUUCUUUGGAGCCCAUUUAACAGUCAACCUAGAAAAUAGAAAAUGUCACAAAAAUGUACAAAACUAUAACCAAUUAUAACAUUGGGUGCCAAGGCAUGUCUCAUAAGUGGCAUAAUAAAAAUAUUGAGAUUCCAUUCAGCAACAAAAAAAUGGAUGGAGAGGUUAUUUUAGUGGCAGUUGAUGCUAGUAAAGAAAUCACAGAUUAUGCACUUGAAUGGGCAGUGAUUAAUGUGGCUAGAGCUUCAGACACUCUAAUCCUGCUAGCUCUUCUUCCUUCACAGACAUCUUCUUCUGCAGCGAGUCCAAGUAUUCAAUCACAUCGUUCAAAAACAACUCAGUUCUUCUCUUGCCUGCUAAACAAGUUUGGUAUAGGCCACAACAACGAGGGUAGUUCUAAUGAUGAUAUAGUACUUAUAAAUGGGGUUGAUCAUGAUGUUUUGCAUAGAGUGAACAGUGUUUGUGCUGAUAUGAUGCAACAACUCUGCUCAGCUCUUGAUCUAAAGCUGGUGCAUACUGAAGUAAAAGUUGUGACUGAUGCUCAAUUGGGAACAGUUACUUCUAGAGCUGAAGAGCUUCAAGCAACUUGGGUAAUUUUAGACAGACGCUUGAAGAGAGAAAGUGAUCAUUGCCUUAAACAACUGAAUUGCAAUAUUGUGCUCAUAGACCAUGCAAUACCAAAGAUCCUCAAAGCUGUAAAUCUUCCAAAAGGAAAGAAACUUGUUAAGGGCAAUCAUCAAAUUGAAACAGAAACGAAAAUGCUUGGUUUGCUUCCAAGAAAGGCUCCUGAGUACACCAGUACUACUACAACUGGAAGCAGUCUAACUACUCUGAGUGAAAUUUUCGACACAGAUGUUUCACUCUCAAUAUCCAGUACAGAUAGAGGUCAUUUCAACAAGCACAGCCCUUCAACUAGAAAACUUAUUCCAUGCAAACAGUAUCUUGAUCUUAAUUCCCAGUACUUUCCUGAGAAAGUAGAGGCUCAAGAAACAGUCAGCAAGCCUCAUUUUCACAGUAAUUUCCAACCAUUUGAGAAGGCAUCGAGUCUUAUCACUGGUAAAUCACAUCCCAAGUCAUUGGCCAAUCCAUUGUAUGAGAAGAAUAAAAGCUAUGAUGUUCUUUCAAAAGAUAAAACUGACAUGGAUAAGGUUUAUGAUACUAAUACACAGAAGUCAAUGGUUCCACCUAGAAGAUCAGCUGACUUACCGCAUCUGAGGAAAACUCAAGAGGGCAUUUACUCUUCAAAACAGCUGAUAACUACAAGAGACUCUUUAACUGAGUACAAAAGAGAAGAUUGUGAACCAUUAGUACCCUCCACUUCACAAACCAUGAACAGAAUCUCAAGUAUAAGAAAAGCCAUGUCCUUAUAUACUAAACACCCGCCAAACCCUCCACCUCUUUGCUCUAUCUGUAAGCAUAAUACUCCUAUUUUUGGCAAGGCCCCCAGGAAGUUCAGUUUUAAAGAGAUAGAAAGAGCAACAGACAGAUUCUCAAGCAAAAACUUCUUGGCAGAAGGCGGUUUCGGUCCUGUACACAGAGGGGUGUUACAUGAUGGUCAAGUUGUUGCUGUCAAGCAACAUAAGAUGUUAAGUGCUCAGGGAGCAUCUGAAUUUUGCUCUGAGGUUGAAGUGUUGAGUUGUGCACAGCACCGGAAUUUGGUGAUGUUGGUAGGUUACUGCACUGAAACAGAAUGGCUUCUGGUGUAUGAGUUUGCUUGCAAUGGUUCACUAGACAAGCACUUAUAUAGGUCCCAAGAAAAAGAGUUAAUGUCUUGGAAAAAUAGAAUGAAAGUUGCAAUAGGAGCUGCAAGAGGACUGAGGUACCUACACGAAGAUUGCCGAGUUGGUUGCAUUGUACAUAGAGACUUAAGACCCAACAAUAUUCUCCUUACUCAUGACUUUGAACCAAUGGUGGGAGAUUUUGGGCUAGCAAGAUGGCAAGUAGAUGGUCAGUCAGCCGAGGAGACUCGGGUUAUUGGUGCAUUGGGGUACGUUGCCCCUGAAUACACACAGAGUGGGCUUAUAACAGAGAAAGCUGAUGUUUAUGCAUUUGGGGUGGUUUUGUUGGAGCUCUUAAGUGGAUUCAAUGUCACUGAAUUUUCAAGGAAAACAGGACAACAAUUUGUAUCAGAAUGGGGCUCGCCAUUGCUUGAAAGUAUGAAAAUCGAUGAGGUCAUAGACUCGCGGUUGGAGAGAAAUUAUGAAAAGAAUGAAGUAGAAUGUAUGAUGUAUGCUGCAAGUUUAUGCAUCUCACCUCACCCUGAGCAAAGACCAAGGAUGUCAAAGGUAUUGAAAAUAUUGGAAGGAGAUGUUCUUAUUGAUAUGGCUUGUAAUUACGGAGGGUCACCCUCUCUUUGCUCACCGCAAAGCAUAAACAGUAGCCAAGCUACUGAUCAAAGAACAAUGCAAUCGACAUUGCCGAGUAGUAACACACUCAAGCCAGUGCCUCCCUCAAAAAGAAGUGAAAUUCUAAGCACUGCCUGUUGUUUGAACCAGCUGGACUCCAAUGUAAACCAAGAAUAUGAAGCAUACUUGCAAAAUUCACUAGCCAAGUUUGUUCAGAACUUGAAUGGAAACUAUAAAAACUGAAAUUUAUAAAGCUGAAGUGCAAUUUUUUUUCUUUUCUA